AUGCUUGCUACACGACCUCUUCUUUCGCUUGGGCUCGGACGAUCGUCGGCUUCGGUGAGCCGUCUUGGCCUGCGUGCUGCGUGCAUCGCUCCGGUCCGAUCGGCGCUUCCUCGCUUCUCGCGCAUGGCUAGCACCUCGACCUCGGCCCCUACCACCAAGCUCUCCCAGCAGCAGAACCUGGACCUGCUCAACGAACAGCGUGCCAAGCGCCCCUCCAGCCCUCACUUUACCAUCUACCAGCCCCAAAUCACCUGGUACCUCUCCAUCAUCAACCGUAUCACCGGCACCGGCCUCUCCGUCCUUCUGUAUGCAUACUUUGCUGCUUAUGCGGGAUACCCGCUCUUCGGUUCGGCAGAGGCGCUUUCGAGUGCAAGCCUGACCGACUUUGUCGCAACGCUCCCCGUGUGGUUCAAGACCGCCGUCAAGGUCCCCCUCGCCCUUGCGUUUAGCUUCCACAGCCUCAACGGUCUUCGCCACCUCGCUUGGGACUGGGGCUACGCACUCACCCUCAAGGGCGUCUACUCCACCGCCUACGUCGUCAUGGGCGCCACCGCCAUCUCCACCCUCGCCCUCCUCUUCAUCUAA